UCCCCAGAUCUACACUCACUCAACUCCCAAUCACUUCACAAACACACACACUCGCUCCAUAUCCAACCUCUGCUUCAGAUCUACCUAGGGUUUUUCCUCAUAUCACCACUUCAAUUUUCGUUAGAAUAUUGAUUUGAUGCUGGAGUUGGGAGGAUGAAGUAAGGAACUGAAUGUGAGGGGGGCACAAUGGGGACGAUGAUGGGUGGGGGAUUAUGGUAUGAAUCAUCACCGAAAAGGGUUCCAAGGGGGGUCUGGUUAAGGUUCCAAAUCUCAAUGGGCGUCCUCGUGGGUGGAAAUCACACCUCCUCCAGGUUUUGCACUCGCUAAUCAUCUCUUCUUCUCUACUUUCCGGCUUUCAAAUCUUUCAAGAACCCUUUCUUAGUGUUCAAUCAAUCAACCGAACUCCGAACUUCCUUUUUUUUAUUUAAAUUUUUCUUUAUUGGUGUUAUCUUCAAUCCUCGAAUCCCAUGGAUGCCAAAGCCAUGAAACUCCAGAUCCUGAAGGGGUCCAUAGCGAGGCGCGUGUUCUUCCGCUCAAUCAUGCUCGCCUCCGCCAUCUCGAUCGUUUCUCUGCUCCGCGCCUUCUCCGCCUUCGACUUGGCUGACUUAGCUCCGGUGACACUGACCUACACCGACUGCGUCGCCGCGGGUUCCGAAAUGCGUUUCGAAAACGCCACUCUCCAGAGCCGCGUGCUCAGCACUUUCUGGAGGUCCUUCUACUGCGAGAAAGACGAAAACUUGACGGUCAACGUGGUCAACGACCUUAUGAAGAAGCAACUGUUGGAUUGCGGAGCCAAGAGCCUCUGCGUCGGAGAAGGUUCGGCGAUGGCCGUCGCCGCCAUGAAGCACAUGGGAUUCUCCAGCGUUACCGGUGUCCACAGGCACCGGUUCUUCUCCCUCAAGCAGAAGAAAAUCGUGUACGAGCUCAAUUACCAGGACUGUUCAUUCGAUUUCGUGCUGUCAAGGGAUCUUGACAAGGUUUCUGUUCCUGCGUUGCUCGUUCUUGAGGUUGAGCGUGUUCUAAAGCCAGGUGGUGUCGGUGCCCUUCUUGUGGGUCCCACUGGCUCCAAUUCCAUCCCCAACGACCUCAUUAGGUCUGCAACACCGGUUUCAUCGUUGCUAAGAUCUUCCACCGUUCUGCAUGUUGGCUCUGUUGGUGAUCUCAACCUUGUUGUGUUCAGGAAAAGGGUGGCAAAUGAUACUGCUUCUGGUGCUUUCUAUCAGUAUCCACUUCCUGCGGAUUGUUCUAGCAUAAGUCUUACAAAGCCUUUGAUUCAGCUCAUGGAGCCUCUUGUGAGUCAGAAGCCGCCACUUGGGUAUGAGAAGAUGGUACCUUACUUGCCAAAGUUCGUGGAUGUUUCUUCUAGGAAGAGGAUGGUUUAUAUUGAUAUUAAUGGGGGGCGAGAGAUCCUCAAUGCUGAUGAUAAUCCUAGUGAUUGGUUCUUGCCAUCUUACCCUAUUAGUCAAAAGGAUUUCAAUGUGUAUUUUGUUCACUAUAACACUUCUGUAAUGUUGUCCUAUGUGAAGCGACCUGGUGUGACAUUUGUUUACUAUCCCGGGUUGGCCGGUAAGGCCGCGGCCAAGGCUAAUCUUGAUGCUGCUGACGAUGAUGAUGGAGAUUUGGAACCGUUUGUUGGGGAGGACGAGUUUGAUUUCCUUGCUUGGUUCAAGGAAACUGUGCAGUAUGCUGAUUUUGUUGUCCUUAAAAUGAAUGCAGGGAAUGCUGAAAUGAAGUUCCUCUUGGAUGUGUUUGAGAGUGGAGCAAUAUGCUUUGUGGAUGAAUUGUUUCUGAGGUGCCCAGAGAGUGGAAAUGACGAUGAGAAAACUGUUAUUGGCAAGGAUAGCUGCAUGGAUAUUUACAAGGGUCUCAGAAGCAAUGGUGUCUACGUUCAUCAGUGGUGGGCGGACUAAAUUAUGCAUCAAGGGAUGAAUCUAUGAUGAUUAUGAUCUGAAUAAGAAGCAAAUUGUGUUUCCAAGUGUCUUGUGAGUUAUUAUUGCGUUUUGUUGUUUGUUGAGGUGUGUUGGAUGCUAUGAACAUCCGAGUGCUUUAUGGUUGGGCGCUUGCUACUAAAUAAUCAACCACUGUUGUCAUUCUCGUACGGUUUGCUAAUAAAAUCUCUGUUAUGUUC